AUGACGUAUGUAGAAAGCUGUGGAUCAGCUGGUGGCGUCUCUGGUGUUGGAAGCCGCGGUGGAGUAGGAGUUUGUCUCACUGGGUCUACGGGAGGUGACGAAUGUCGUGGAGGCGGUGUUGGAUCCUUCGGUGGAGGAGUAGGAGAAACUGGAGGUGGCGACGGUGGAUUUGGUGACAUUGACAGAGACAAUGAGCUCAAAGAUGGCGAUAGAGAUGCUAGAGUCCUCACGAUGGAUGGAAAUUUAGCUGUAGGAGGAGUCUUCAAAGGAGGUGGAGUCGUCGGAGGUGGUGAGACGGUGACAGGCGUUGGCGUGAGCUUUAGCCUUGCUGGUGUUGCGAAGUGCUUCGUCGGAAUAGUAUCGUCUUGCGAAGACGCCGUCAUCACUUGA